AUGGAGGAAGAAGAAGAAGAGGAAGACUACAUGUCUGAUUUAUUUAUAAAGGUGAAGGAAGCUAUUCAGAAAGAAGAGAAGCAAAAAGAAGCCAAUGAGAAGAACAGACAAAAGAGUAUAAAAGAAGAAGAAAAAGAGAGACGUGACUUGGUAUUGAAAAGUGCUUUGGGCAGUGAGAACAAGGGCUUUGCUUUGCUCCAGAAGAUGGGCUACAAGAGCGGCCAGGCCCUUGGCAAGAGCGGAGAAGGCAUUGUUGAACCUAUUCCUCUGAACAUAAAAACAGGCAGAAGUGGGAUUGGUCAUGAGGAAUUAAAAAAGAGAAAAGCUGAAGAAAAACUGGAAAACUAUAGACAAAAACUCCAUAUGAAAAAGCAAGCAAAUGAACAAGCUGCAGAUCAGUUCAGAAUAAGAUUUAAAAAUAAACAAGAAGAACGUAAGAUGGAAGGGGACCUCCGAAAAAGCCAGAGGGCCUGCCAGCAGUUAGACAUGCAAAAAGAUAUUGAUGUUCCCAAGGAGACUUGGUACUGGCUAGAACCCGAAGAGGAAGACAAAAAUGAUGAGGAAGACAAGGAAGAUGAAUGCACAAGUUCGGACUUAAGUGUAUCAGAAAAGCUACACAUCCUGACUGCCUAUUUGAGAGAACACCACUUUUACUGCAUUUGGUGUGGCACAGCCUACGAAGACUCUGAAGAUUUAUCUUCAAACUGCCCUGGAGACAGUGCUGCAGAUCAUGACUAA